GAAACAUGCUGUUGAAACUGUUGCUGCCCACGGUGGUGAUGUUCGGCUCAUUCCCAAUCGGUCAGUCCGCCACGCCGCCGCAGCCGCCACCGGUCCUGUCGGAAGGGCCGGGCCCAGUUUGCUCCGUUGACGUUGUUUUCGUUGUGGACGAAUCCUCGAGCAUAUCGAGCUCCUGGUUCGGCCGCGCCAAACAAUUCAUCGCCGACUUUUUCACCUGCUUCACUCACCUUCACGAUAUCCAGAUUGGAGUCAUUCCGUACAACUGUGUCCCGAGGACAUACCUUCCGUUGAGCACACCCACCGGUAACUUUAUGCACUACUUGAUGCAGAAGGGGGGUCUGAGCAAGACCGGGGUGGCUAUCCGCUACAUGACGGACACGUCCACUUUCCGUGCCGGGGUCCCUCGGGCGGCCGUGGUCAUGACGGACGGAUUCUCUACGGACAACUUUGCGGCGGCAGUUGCGGCAGCCGUGGCUGACGAUAUCGAGCUGUACGCGGUGAGUCUCCAAGAUCCGGGUCAGGUAGACACCGCUGCGCUUGGGGCCAUCGCCGGGAGCCCCGACCGCGUGUUUAACACAGACAUCCCCUGCAAAGUCGCCUUCCGUAUCCUGGCGGACCUCUGCAAGUCAUCGGGUGUACCAGGCUGUCUCGGUGAGAAUGACGCCAUUGUGCCCUUAGGGUACUCCUACGAGAUACCGGGACAUGGGAUAUGCGGAAAGUGCGUCUGUGGAGACAAUGGAGAAAUGCUCUGCACGGCUGUGGGCUGUCCACUGCAGUUUCCGGAAUGCCAGAACCCGGUGGACGUCGCUACCUGGUGCUGCCCUGCCUGCGCUGACGAUGUUUUUAAUUAUUAUAACGUUCCGGAGGGCUGUCUGUACAAUGGAGAGAUCAUUCCUUUGGGGGAUGAGUACAAGCCAGAUGACUGCACGACCUGCACCUGUCCUGCGGCCGGAGCGGAACCCGUGUGCGUAGCGCAGGCCUGCAGACCUCUGGACUGCCCCUGCCCCGUGCACAUCGUGGGGCAGUGCUGCCCGGUCUGUCCAGGCUGUUGGGAGGGCGAUGUCCUCAUCCCCGUGGGAGCUACCUAUCAGCCAAAUCCCUGCACGUUUUGUUCCUGCCCUUACGCCGGGGCCACGCCGAGUUGUGCCGUCAUGGACUGCGCAGCUCCUCCAUGUGAGAACUACGUGGUGCCCCCGGGAGAAUGCUGCCCAGUCUGCCCGACGCCGAUCGGCUGUCAACAUGAGUACGGCCUCAUCCUGCCGGACAACUCCUUCUGGCCGGAUCCCUGCACUUGGUGCACCUGUCAGGAGCCCGGGACGGAGCCGGUGUGCUACCCGACACCCGGCUGUCCACCUCCGCCCUGUGACGACGAACAUUACUUCCGCCUCCCAACACAGUGCUGCCCAAUGUGCGACACCGACGCUCCGGACGGCUGUUUGUUUGAUCCGAAUGACAAUUUCCUCAUCCCCCUGGGAUACGACUACGCGAUACCGUCGGAUCCAUGCAUGGUCUGUACCUGUCCUUUUGCCGGAGGAGCGGUUGCCUGUUCGCUCAUCGCGUGCCCUCCCCCGGGCUGUCCCAACCCCGUACACAUCGCGGGGGUGUGCUGCCCCCUCUGCACCAUAUAGGAUCACCUAAGCCUCAGCCAGAGGUCAAUGAAUGAUCACUUGGGAACAAGGCGGUUCGUUAGGAACGACAGCCGUAGACUGUCAGAAAUUCC